CUUCGUGCGCGCACGGAGGUACACGUGUUCGAGUCUGCGACCGUUUGGAAAAGUUUUUCAUCUCAAAAUGGGAAAAACCAAAAAGCGAGGUCAUGACCACGAGGAGGACGAUCUCGAGGAGCUCAAGAAGAAGGUAGCUAGGUACAACAGACGGAUUGAACGAGCCCUAGAAAAGGAAAAGGACAAACGAGCGAAGGAAGAUGCAAAAGAUGACAAGGAAAAUGGCGAUCCUGGGACUUCACCACCCCCCGGCGACAUCGUGCCCGACGAGGAAGACCAAGGAUAGGAUGAGAGGAACGACUGGCUUAAUUUCUUGGGCAAGGAUCCUUCAGAAAGUCAGGCCUUAAAACUGGAAGUCGACGCAGACUUAUUAAAGAGAUGGACUUGUUUCUGCAAGGAGGGAAUGAAAAAAGAGGACAUCGAUCGGAUCAUGGAGAAUUAUGCCUGUGUAGCUGAGUUAGACGGCCCAAAACUAAACCCACAAAUUAUGGCAUCAAGGAAAGAAUACGCCCUUACCAGAGAUAAUCACAUGAGUGAGGUGCAAAAGAUGGCUGGUACAGCCUUAUCUAUUAUUGGAUCAGUUAUUACAAGUUUUUACAAAGAUAGUGAGAGCGAUUUAGAAUUUAAUCUUGAGACCCUUCUCACACUUUUAUACGAUUCAGGAAAGAUUUUGUCGGCCAUAGUCCACAAACAAAACAUUACAAGAAAAGCAUUUAUCGAGCCAGGACUCUCUAAGGAAACCAAAGCCGUCUUAAAAGACUCAAAAACAGAUGAGUUUCUGUAUGGGAAAGACUUGCCUGAAAAAAUCAAAGAGGCUAAGGCCUUGAAUAAAGUAGGCGACGAGUUAAAGCUCUCUCAGCCUAAUAACCUGGGCACCUCAACGAACAAGUCGUCAAACUACAGGGCCCCAUUUGUGAGACGUCCACCAGCAGGACAGAUGGGGUCUACAGCUUUCACAGGACGUCUGAAACAAAGGCCAUUUUUCAGAAACAAGCAACAAUUUGUAAAUCACAGAGCACAGUGGCAUUCACAGUCGAGACCAUUCAACAAUCAAGGAAAGAAAAAUUAGAUACCGUAAGUGUUCCGGCAGGCAGGUUAAAGUUGUUCCUCGAUAAUUGGCGUAAGAUCACUGAUGAUAAAUUCAUCCUUAGUUGUAUUUCCGGUUAUAAAAUUCCUGUGAUGGAAGGCGUUUCUAAAUUAAAAUCUUAUAGUUAUGACCAAUCUGGUCAGAAGGAAACGGAGACUGUGCAAGAGUGCGUAGAUGCCUUGAUAAAGAAAGGAGCGAUUAAAGAAUGUUCAGAUCAUAAAGACCAAAUUUUAUCUCCUUACUUUCUAGUUAAAAAACCUAAUGGUUCCCAUAGAUUUAUUCUAAAUCUUAAAAAUUUUAACAAAAUUGUUAUCAAUCCCCAUUUUAAAAUCGAAGAUAUUAAAACAGUCGUGCAACUUACGUUUCCAAACUAUUUUCUAGCCUCAAUUGACAUAGAAGACGCCUUUUAUCUUAUACCUAUACACGUGGAAAGUAGAAAAUAGAUUUAAAGUCAAGGAAAAAAUUUAUGAAUUUGUUUGUUUGCCAUUUGGCCUAUGCACAGCCCCUCUUAUUUUUACUAAAAUAAUGAAAGUCGUAGCGAAGUAUGUAAGAAGCUUAGGAUUUACAUCAGUAUUCUACCUAGAUGAUAUUUUAUGUAUAGAAAGCUCUGUAAACAAAUGUAAAAAGAACAUUAACGAAACAAUAAGCGUAUUAGAAUGGUUAGGUUUUCGUAUAAAUUAUAAGAAAUCAAACCUCACACCAUCUACAUCUUGCCAAUUUUUAGGUUUUAUUAUCGAUACACAAAAAUAUGCAAUUUUGUUGCCAAACGAAAAAAGAAAAGCGAUCUAUAAAUUCUUAGUCGAAUUCCUAGAUCUUAAGCGUUGUAGCAUAAGAAAAUAUGCUCAACUGAUCGGAAAACUCAUAUCGGUCUGUUCUGCCAUUGAAUACGGAUGGAUGUACACUAAAAUACUUGAAAAAGAAAAGAUUUUUCAACUUAUUAUUAACGAUAAAUGCUAUGAUAAAAUGAUGAAUAUAUCUGACAGAGUGAAACAAGAAUUAAUUUGGUGGAAAGAAAAUAUAUUAGAAACGAUUUAUCAUAUAAAAAACGGUUCCUUUGCUAUGACCAUAUUCACUGACGCAUCUACAACAGGCUGUUUAUUUAGAAUUUAGAAUUUAGAAUUUUAUACGAUAAAAUUAGCCUUAGAAUCGUUAGCUUCGGACGUCAAAAAUUCUCAGAUUUUAUUACGCGUUGACAACACAACAGCCUUAUCCUACGUUAACAAGAUGGGUGGAGUGAGGUUUGACAAAUAUAACAAAUUAGCGCGAGAAAUUUGGAAAUGGGCCGAGUUCCGAGGUAAUAUUUUGAUAGCUUCUUACAUUCCGACAAAGAAAAACGUAAUAGCAGAUAGUUUAUCUAGAAUUAAGAACAUUGACAUUGAAUGGGAGUUGAACGACAUGUACUUCAGAAAAGUUGUUGAUCAUUUUGGCCAACCGGAUAUCGAUCUGUUCGCAUCGAAAGAAAACAACAAAUGUAAAGUUUUCGUUUCCUGGAAACCUCAUUCUGAAGCUUCCUAUAUUGACGCCUUCACAAUUGUAUGGACAAAUCUCUAUUUUUAUGCAUUUCCCUCCUUCUCGCUCAUUUUACGUACUCUUGCAAAAAUUAAACACGAUAAGGCAGAAGGUAUCAUUAUAUUACCUCUUUGGAAAAGUCAACCUUGGUUUCCCUUGCUUGAAAAUUUGAUUCUAGGAAAACCGCUUAUUUUCAACGCUAAUCCAAAUUUAUUAUUAUCCCCGUGUAGAU